CCCCGGCGCCAUCUUUGUUGCGGGCGCUGAGGAGGGGACUUUGCCCUCGGCCCCGCGGUGCCGCCGGUGGCGCAUGCUGAGCGCGCUGCCCCGCUCGGCGCUGUGCUGCCUGCGCCCCGGUGCCGGUGCCGCGCUGCGCCGCGCCAUGGCCGCGGCCCUGAAGCCGCUGGUGGCCGUGGGCCAGGUCACCUCCACGCCGGACAAGGAGCAGAACUUCGCGGCCUGCGCCGGGCUGGUGCGGGAGGCGGCUCAGCGCGGCGCCUGCCUCGUCUUCCUCCCCGAGGGCUUCGACUACAUCGGCUCCAACGUGGCGCAGACCCUCAGCCUGGCCGAGGGGCUGGAUGGGGCCCUCAUGAGGCGCUACGCGGAGCUGGCCAGGGACUGCGGCGUGUGGUUGUCCUUGGGCGGCUUCCACGAGCGCGGCCAGGACUGGGCGGCCACACAGCGCAUCUACAACUGCCACGUGCUGCUGGACUCCGCCGGUCACCUCGUGGCCGCGUACAGGAAGACCCACCUGUGUGACGUGGAGCUGGAGGGCCGUGUCUCCAUGAAGGAGAGCAGCUUCACCAACCCCGGCCCCGAGAUCGUGGCACCGGUCAGCACGCCGGCGGGCAAGCUCGGCCUCUCCGUCUGCUACGACUUGCGCUUCCCCGAGCUCUCGCUGGCGCUGCGACGUGCCGGCGCCGAGAUCCUCACCUACCCCUCGGCCUUCACCGUGUACACGGGCUCGGCGCACUGGGAGGUUCUGCUGCGUGCCAGGGCCAUCGAGAGCCAGUGCUAUGUGGUGGCGGCCGCCCAAACUGGGAAGAACCACGAGCACCGGACAUCCUACGGCCACUCGCUGGUGGUGGACCCGUGGGGGUCUGUGGUGGCGCAGUGCCACGAGGGGCCGGGGCUCUGCUACGCCGAGAUCGACCUGGAGUUCCUGCACCGCAUCCGGCGCGAGAUCCCGGUGCAGAGCCACCGCCGGCACGACCUCUACAGCACCGUGGAGCUGGUGCCAUGAGCCCGGCGCCGGUACGAGCCAUGGCAGAGCCAGACUGACUCCAUUUCAGGAUGUUUCUCCCCAUAUCACAGCAGCAGGACGCACUCGGGGGGCAGCAGGAGGGGUUCCCCCCCGCCCCGGUUUGGGGGUGUCGCUGUGGAAGGAAGGAGCCGGGUGCUGCGGUAGAUGUUUAUUUCAAGAAACCCAAAAGCUACACAGGGAUUAUGAUGUUCGAGUGGAGUUUAAAAAAUACAGAAGUCACAGAAAUUA